AUGCAGCGCUACAGGCGCUUGCGUAGAGCUAUGACCGACUCGGUCUUCCUGGGGGCCUUCAACUUCAACGAAGAGGAGACGUACGAGGCUGGGAGGUUCAGCAACGAACGCGUCAAGGCGCAGGAGGAAGCAGCCAGCACCGCUAGCACGGCUGCUGCAACGCCUGAAGCAUCGAGGGACUCCACCAAGCCCACGACCCCUGUGCGUACCACUGUAAUGUUGCGGAACAUCCCCAACAAUUACUCUAGAGAGAUGUUCCUUGCCAUGCUGGAUGAGCAAGGCUUUGCCGGUCGCUACGACUUCGUGUACCUCCCUUGUGACUUCUACCGUCAGGCCAACCUUGGCUAUGCCUUCGUGAACCUGGUGGACGCUGCAGCCGUGGAUGCCUUGUGGUCAGUCUUUGACGGCUUCUCAGCCUGGUCCCUGCCCACGGCCAAGGUCUGCCAGGUGAGCUGGAGCGGCCCCCACCAAGGAUUCAAGGCGCACGUGGAACGUUACAGGAACAGCCCUGUGAUGCACCGCAGCGUGCCAGAUGAGUACAAGCCCGUGAUCUUCAAGAACGGUGCCCGCAAGAAUUUCCCGCGUCCGACCAAAAAGGUCAAAGCACCAACUGCAGGCCUUUGA